AUGUUGGCCAAAGUCUUUGUAUAUGCGCUCCUGCCCCUUGUUGCGGUGAAUGCGUUGCCCCCCCGUGGUCUCUACAACGACGUAUCCUCUUACUGGAACGAGGCCACUUCUGAAGUUGCGUCUGGAUGGGGUGCAGCAACCAGGGCUGUUGUCAGUGCAGCUUCGAGCGUCAGGAUGGAAGAAUCAGCGACUGAGCUGUACGAGUCCGCUACAGAAGUCCUCGGGCCUAGCACGAGCAAGGUUUAUGCUACCAUAACGACCAUCAGCGGGACCCCCGUAGUGGAAGUGACCUCUGUCGGCGGCAAGGCCAUCACCCUCGCGACAGGUAGUGCGAGCCACGCGAAGACCACUACAUUUGCAGGACACACGUUUGCCGUCAACUCCGCCUCGAGCCUGCAGGGCUUCGCGGUCUCGAAACCGAUGCUCGUGAGCGCGGCAGCUAUGCUGGGUAGUAUCUGCGCGGGUGCGCUUGUCGUGCUGUGA